AUGGCUAAGAAACUGCAUUAUUUUAAUCUCAACGGUCUCGGCGAGGCAAUAAGGUAUAUUCUUCAUUAUGGGGGUCAAAAGUUUGAAGAUGUAAGAUAUGACUACAAUGGAUGGCCUGUUAAAAGUGUGAAGGACUCACUUCCUUAUGGUCAAUUGCCCAUUUAUGAAGAGGAUGGAAAAACUCUGAACCAAUCUUUGGCCAUUGCGCGUUAUGUAGCCAGCAAGUCAGAGCUACUACCUUCAGAUCCCUGGCAGCAGGCUCUUUUGGACGCUGCGGUUCACAACGUCUAUGAUUUCUGGAGCAAAAAUACUAUUGGCCAAUAUGUUGCCGCGGAUCCUGAAAAGAAGGCUACCAUGAAGAAGCAUGCUCUUGAGGAGAUAGUGCCUUUUUAUUUCUCCAGAUUUGAAAACGAACUCAAAUCGAACAACGGAUAUUUUAUUGGCAAGUUGUCAUGGGCUGACUUCGUGCUCGUCGGUAUCAUCGAGACAGCGAAUCUCUUCUACAACGAUAACAUCGAAAAGAAUUAUCCCACCGUCUCUGCUCUAGUCAAGACUGUUCAUAAUCUACCUAGAAUCAAGGAAUACAUAGCCAGUAGGGACCAUUAUAAAUUGUAA